AUGAUCAGGCUCAAUAGCUCGCUGCUACUACUAUGCAUCUGCGCCAUUGGGAUUCCGGCAGAGGAAGCAAGCUCCCCAUUGGCAGAAGUAGUUCUGACACAUCGUGAUAAUGCUCUCUUGAUUCAUGGUGGAGGGGUAUCGGAAAACGAUAAUAAGGAGUUAUCUGCACUGGUCAACACGACAUCAUUGACUACAACAAAGCCCUAUCAUUUUUCGUUGUAUCAACCGGGUGAUGGCAGCGAAAACGACCCUGACAAAAUUCCCAAACGGUUCUUGUCCAUGCAAAAGGGGAACCGUGUCGCGGCAAAGGCGGCUCUUCAGGCAACGCUCCAAUGGAGAAAGGAACACGACAUUGGUACCAUUUUGCAACGUCCUCGACCCAAUUUUGACAUUUACAAGUCCAUGCUGGUACACGUCUUUUUGGGACGGGAUACCGCGGGCAAGGUGGUAUUUUUGCAAAGACCCGCACUGGGUUCUGGCGUACGAUUGCUGGAACUGGCCGAGAAAAAUGAAAUUCCCCUGCCCGAAAUGGUCCUGGAGUAUGCCUUUAUGAUGGAGUACUUGUUCAAUGUCCUCGAUCCUCCCACACCAGACAACAAUCAUGACAUUCGAACAUUGACAACUGUCAUUGACAUGACGGGUCUCACUUUUUCCAUGUUACGGCAUCGAAACUUGCUCAGCUUUGUCAAGGAAUUUGUCGUCAUGCAGAGUGUUCACUAUCCUCAGCGAGCUUACAAGACCCUCUUGGUCAAUGCCCCCUCUUGGUUCGAGAAACUCUACCAAUUCUUUACGCCCAUGUUGCGAGAGAGCACCAAGGCCAAGAUUGAGAUUUUGGGAAGAGGGAGUCCAGAACGACAAAAGCAAGUCUUGACAGAGGUUCUGGGUGAAGACCUCUUGCAAUAUCUACCAGACGACAUGUUGGGAUCGUCGGACGACGAAGAGAGCCAAGAGUCAACAACAGUACCUGUAUCGCCAAUGGAACAAGAGUUGCGCGAGUUUGUGUUGGCUAGACUUCAGGAAGAGGGAAUGGAAAUGAAUGUAUUGGUGGAGUAA